CAACCCCAUUGCAUCAUAUCACAUCUGCUCAAGCCUUUUGAUGCCACCAGAUCACAAUCGAUAGACGCGCCCAAGCGCCAGUCAUCAUCAUUCACAAGCAAGAAAACAACUCCAUUUCUGACGCUUGUUGAGUCGCUAAAGAGAUUGAGGUUCCGUCUCAUCAAUUCUGCAAUUCAUCACAAGCGUGGUCUCUGUUGCCCUUGAAUUCUGACACAGCCCGGGAAGAAGUACGACCACGAAUCCAUGGCGCUUCCAGGCUUGACACUUCCGGGCCUUGCGCAGCCGAGAACAAAUCCUUCACUUCCCAUCAACGCGGCCGCGGCAUCGUCCAGUCGUCCUGCUCGCCGAGAAACCCUCGAGGCGCGAUCGGAAUGGCGCUUCGAGGUUGGAUUCAACCAAAGAUAUCACAUCAAACUAGAAAGUGGCUCUGCAGAGCUGUUCGGAGUUGAGCUCGCUCCUCGGCAGACAUUGACCUUUUCCGGUUACAAAGGAGCCAUCUUCACUUGGCAGGGCUGUCAACUAGAGCUAAGCGGAGACGCAGAAAGCGAAUAUGCAGGCCAAGAAACAGACUAUGCGAUCGAGUGGAUCAAUGUUCACGGCAUGCUUGAAACGCUUCGCAGUCAAGAACCUGUACAAGCGCCACGAGUUCUAGUGGUUGGGCCUGACUUCGUCGGCAAGACGAGUCUCACGCGGAGCCUGGUAGCAUGGAGUGUCAGAAGUGGGUGCUGUCCGAUAGUCAUCAAUGUUGAUCCACGGGAAGGUUUGCUAUGUCCACCAAGUGCCCUCACUGCAGUCGCAAUUGAUUCACAGAUGGAUGUUGAAACCGGCUUUGGUAUUGGUCCGGUAUCUGGCCCGACAAGCUCACCUGUGAGGACCCCUUUGCUCUACCAAUAUCCCUUCGCCAGUCCCUACGAACGCCCGGAGGUGUAUAAAGCGAUUAUCACUCGGAUGGCCUUGAGCGUGAUGAACCGGCUUGAGGAAGAUGGUUCUGUGAAGAAAAGUGGACUUUUCAUCGACACACCUGGCACGCUCAACGACCCGAAAAGCAAUUACGAUCUCUUGUAUCACAUUGUCUCAGAGUUCAGUAUCAAUAUGAUUCUGACUAUAGGGUCGGAGCGGCUCUCCAGUGAUCUCACAAAACGUUUCCAAAAUGCGAAGUCAGGCGAGGACGCGGUGACUGUGCUACGAAUUUCGAAGCCUGGCGGUGCUAUCGAGCGUGAUAAUGCUUUCAUGAAGCAUCUUCGUGCACAACAGGUGCGGCAUUAUUUUUUUGGUUCUGGAAAAGAGGCUCUGAACCCACAUUCGCAUUCAGUUCCCUUCGCCGAUCUAGACAUAUUCCGUGCACAAUCGCAAUCAAGCGUCUCGAGCGAAGAAUCGUUCGGUCCGGACAUGGGCGACGAUGAUGAUGAUUAUGAGGCUUCUGAUGCUACUGCUCCAACAGCGAAGAGCACCAACCGCAACGGACUCGAAAGAAUCACGCCUAGUCUAGCAAUGACUGGCAAUCUGAUCGCGAUAAAAUUCUGCCACGGUCAGAGUGAAGAGCGGGAAGUGCGCGACAGCGCGGUAAUUGGAUUUCUCUACGUUGCGGAAGUCGAUGAAGUAAGAAAGCGAGUUAGAUUUCUUGCACCGCAUCCGCAGAGAUGGGGCGAUAAGGCGCUUGUAUGGGGACAAGGAUGGCCUGAGGUAAUUAGCGACCUCGUACUUUAAUCCUGAAGACCACUUACUUACGUUACCUAACGCUGAGUAUUUACCUUACUUAACGCUUAGUAUCGCCCUUAGGGUAUCGACCUCUAUUUUCUCUAAGCCUCUCUCUAUAGUAAAUAAACAAAGAGGGCUCUCUAGAGGUAGAGAUAUUGCAUUUUUCAAUUUAAUGUUAGGAGUAUUUUAUAGCGUAUUACUAUUACUUAUAUUUCUCG